AUGGCGGAGUGGGCGUCAAUGGCUAGGAUGGAGGAGGAGGUCGGCAAUGCUGACACGGAGCAAGGGCGACAACAUGGAUGCAAGAAAGGGAGGGCGGACAUGAGGGAGAGGGCUGUCAAUUUGGUUGAUUUGGUCAAUUUUAACAGAUUUGAGGCAAUGGAAUCGGGGGGAGCGACGGCCGGCGUCGGCGCCGAGAAGAAUUCGUGGCCGGAGGUGGUGGGCCUGUCGUCGGAGGAGGCCAAGAAGAAGAUCAUAGAGCACAAGCCGGACGCCAGCGUCCACGUCGUUCCGGCCGACUCCUUCGUCACCAUGGAUUACAACACCGGCCGAGUCAGGGUGUUCGUCGACUCCAACGACAAGGUCACGAAAGCUCCCAGGAUUGGCUAGCUACCUGGGCUUAUCCUUACGUUUGUACCUAAAUGUUUUUAUAUUUCUUCACGAAGGGAAUACCAAUAAGUGAGUGUAUGUACUGAUUGAUAUGCGUUGUUGCCUUUUAAAAUAGCUUGCGUGUGUGUUGAUAUUUUGUCCAUGGCAUAAGUGUGGUGUGUUACUGUCUUUUUUUUUCCAAAACAUGGUGUGUUACUGUCUGGUUGGUUGCUGGAACAAGUCAGACUAUUUCUCUUAUAAAUUCGGGACAACUAUUUUCGCAUU